GAGAAGGUCCAUAAACCCAUCAUUAUGUCAGUCCACACGAGGACCCUCCCAUUGUUCCACCCCCUCCUUAAAUCCCUGCACCUUGAUUCGCCACAUCUGUGCCUAUUAAGCUACUUAUCCAACAGCAGUGUAGCGUCAUACAGAUGCCUCAGUACGGACAACUCCGCCCCUCAGCCUGUGAUUGGCCAGAAGUUUGUGGAGGUGUUAGGCCACUCCUACCCCCGCGAUGACUUCACCAAUGUGACGCCAAGGAUUUUGUCGAAACUCGGCCAAAACCUCCACAACCAAUCCCAUCAUCCUCUGUGGCUGAUCAAAGAGCAAAUCAAAGGCUACUUCUACAGCGCAUUCAGUGGUCGCUCCAGCAACCCGCUGUUCUCCGUCCAUGACAACCUGAGUCCCGUGGUUACAGUGGAACAGAACUUCGACAGUUUGCUGAUCCCACCUGACCACCCCAGUAGGAAACAAGGUGACAACUACUACCUGAACAGGACUAUGAUGCUGCGUGCUCAUACCUCCGCCCACCAGAGGGAGCUGGUGAGGUCUGGUUUAGAUGCAUUCCUAUUGGCUGGAGAUGUUUACAGGAGGGACGAGAUUGAUGCUAGUCACUAUCCUGUCUUCCAUCAGAUGGAGGGCGUGAGACUCUUCUCCAACCACGAGCUGUUUUCCAGGGUGGAGAAGGGAGCGGAUCUGUCUCUGUUUGAGUCGGGGGGGCGGCGGACGCCUCAGAAACAGGAGAGUCACACACUGGAGGCCGUCAAACUGCUGGAGUAUGACCUGAAGAGCACGCUGACACGCCUCCUCCAUCACAUGUUCACAGAGGAUCUGGAGGUCAGAUGGGUGGACUGCUACUUCCCAUUCACACAUCCCUCCUUUGAGAUGGAGGUGCGUUUCCAAGGCGACUGGAUGGAGGUGCUGGGCUGUGGCGUGAUGGAGCAGGAGCUGGUGAACUCAGCGGGAGCAGGUCAUAAGAUUGGCUGGGCCUUCGGUCUGGGUUUGGAGAGACUGGCCAUGGUGCUGUACAGAAUACCAGACAUCCGACUCUUCUGGAGCAGAGAUGAACGAUUCCUCAAUCAGUUUAAACUGCCCAACAUCCACCAGCCUGUAACCUUUCAGCCCCUCAGUAAAUACCCUCCCCUUCAUAACGACAUCUCCUUCUGGCUGCCGGAGAGAGAGAGAGAGACUGGGCGAGAGAGCUACACAGAGAAUGACUUCUACGAGCUGGUGCGCUCCAUAGGAGGAGACCUGGUGGAGAAGGUCACACUAGUGGACAAGUUCACCCACCCCAAGACAGGUAGGAGGAGCCACUGUUACCGUAUCAUCUAUCGGCACAUGGAACGAACUUUGACCCAGGAAGAGGUCAGUGCAGUUCACCAGCAAAUCGAACAUGCAGCAGAGACAGAGCUGGGGGUCCAGGGGAGAUACUGACACACACACACACACACACACACACAGCUGUUAGAUAGCUCCAUCUCGUCACCGGCGUAGCGCUAGCUAGCUGUGACAUGGGGCCACAGGGGAGACGUGCUGGGACUAAUACAGACGUCAGCAGUGAAGAUUUUCAUUCUAUGAACGACGUGAAACACAAACACACACACAUGCUGUAAUCUGCUGGCAUUGAUAGAAAUUUGUGUAGGAAGAGAACAUCCGUUCUUACUCCACUGUCAAAAAUAAGAGAAGACAAGAUGCAGAAAGGGAAAUAGAGAGAGAGAGAGAGAGAGAGAGAGAGACAUUACAGAGGAGUGACUGUGUUGCUAGUUCAGUGAAUUGCUCAUCAGCACUUCAACCAAACAAAGUGAAGAUGAAUAAAUCUUGUGUUGUGUAGUGUGCUGUUUGGAUGUGGAUAUCCUGUUCUGUGUGCUGACAGCAGUGACGGUUUAUUCGUUCUGAGGUUUGAGAUGAAA